CCACAGGAGGGGGCCCGAGUGUGUCAUAUGACCUGAGGAGUAGCACACGUCUGUUUAGCGUGGAAUAUUGGCCUGCCUGAUGGGGUGUUGCUGCAGUACUGAGGAGGAGAACCUCUCGCAGGAUGGUGAGGUGAAUGAGAGGACUCGUUUGCUGAAUGAUCCCGUCAGCAAUAACUACCAAGUCACUGCAAACUCAAAUGACUAUGGAAACCAUUAUCCUACCUCUGCUACGAAGAAGUCAGAUGAUCAUUCUGUCUUAAAUCAAAUUUUGCAACACACAGCCAGUAGUAUCAUUGAUGUCGGAGCCUUGGAAUGCCACACCCUAGAGCAGCGUGAAUACAUUGAGAGAGUGAGAACAUACAACCAGAGAGUUAAUGCAAUACCACAAGUCAAGACUCCUAGCAAAAGGCACCAUGAAGUUCAGCUUUUAUAUGAUACACCUGCAACUGAGAGAGUUUUAUCAGCACAGCCAAUCUCUUUAGCAGAUUUCAAUAUGAUGAUCACGGCAUCUCAAAAGGUUGUAGCAGCUGUUUCACAAAUCCGAGUGGAACACAAGGAAGAUUUGGUAGUUCCGUUUGGUAUCCCUUGACAUCCUCACUUCCAGCAGCCAUCGUACCAAGACUUCUUUAUCCUCACAACCUCCCUUCUGCAGCGACUCUUCUCUCACAACCUCGGACAAGCACAGCCCAGUUACACUAACAUAUCUGAUGGAAGUGGGAGUUGUAUUGGGGAGUCCUCUCAGAUGAUUAAGUAAUCUCUCUCUCUCUCUCUCUCUCUCUCUCUCUCUCUCUCUCUCUCUCUCUCUCUCUCUCUCUCUCUCUCUCUCUCUCUCUCUCUCUCAUAUAUAUAUAUUUUUGAGAUAAAUCAUGCAAUAUCCAUAUGUUGUUGAUUGAUGGUAGAUGUAAUAUUGAUUUAUACAGGUGUGCCUUAAUUUUGUAGUGUAACAUACAUAUAUUAAGACCAAAUCUGACCCAGCUGUAUAACUGUGGAUUCUUUAUAUGUUCUACCUUAUUUUGAGUGAAGUUGAGCAGUCACAGCCAGUUGUUUGUUGUACAGGAGUUUGAGUUGUGUGCAAAUGUGGAUGGCUUAUUUCCAUGAUCCAUCACUGAGGGAAACUGUUCCUUUUCCCAUGUAUUCUUUGAUAGCAUCUCAAAAUUGACUAUUCAUAUACGUAUUAUCACAUUGUGCAUGAAUUUUCUAUCCUUAUUAGUGUGCAAGCAUUCUGAUAAGGUAGACAGCCAGUGUUGCAAAAAUAAGUGCUCAUUGAUAAAGGGAAAGGGGAGUAAGCCAGCUAUACAUUUCCAGCUCCUCUCAAGGCACACCUUCAUGUCGUCAAUGUUACCUCAUGCAUUCUACCACUCCACCAGCCCUCCACAGUGUGUAUAUACGUAAACUAAGCCAUCCUGCAGUGCGUCGUGUAGUGCUGGGAUGGUCAGUGACUCAAUAUGUACGUGAUUUUAGUUUUACAGAUGCUUCCAUGAUGAGAAACUUCAAACAUGGGAGCUCAGGUGCUUAAUUUUUUUUACUUCUUUUUUUAAUUACAGGAAAUACUGAGAGCAUCAACAAUUUUACCAUAUUUAAUAAUUGUACAUUUUAGAUAUCAACUGAUUGAAAGAUAUAAAGAAAUAUAUAACACAUGAAUGGUCAUGUUUGUUUAUGGUGUUGAAUCUUCUUACAUUGGUGCAUUGGCCUACUUGGUGAGUCAGCGUAACAGUGAAGAGAGCAGAGUGGCAUCAAACUAGUAGAAUCUCCAGUGCAUACAUGGUGAUAUAUCUCCAGUAGUUGUGAGUGCAAGACUGAAAGUACAUGUGUUAUUCUCUUAUCAUGUAACUAUAAGGAAGCUCUAAAUAGACAUACUUCAUUAUUAACAUUUGUCUCUUCAUGUAGACAUAUAAAGCCUUGAAGUUGUGAGUGGCAGGCAUUUAAUAAAGCAUUACUACACAAGUAAUGCAGCCUUGAGUGUCCAAAGACAACAAAAGAUUAACGUACAUGCAAAUCAGUAUGAAAGAGAACACCAUGACUUAUGUAGUUGUCUGAGCUCUUGACAGUUACCUAAGUCUGCCGCCAAAGUCAGGCAUGCAGUGGACCAAAAGAUUUAAAGAUUACCCACCAAACAGUUUCUAGCACAAUGUGGCCAUUCAUGAGCUAAAAACAUGAUGUGUACUUAUGAGAUGCUCUGUGACUCAAAGGUAACAAUGCAAUAAACUUGUGAGUAACUCAACAAUUUUUACCCAGAUUUAAUUAAAGUUCUCAGGAAAAGAG